ACAUCGUCUCUCGUUCGAUUCAUAUUAAAAUGUUAAGAUGCUGUAAGGUUUUGGAGACGUUUGUUUGCGGCGCUGUUAUCGUUAAAAUAUAUUAAACAAUAUUUUCGAUCAUCGGCUAUAUAUUUUCGAACAAUUUCUGUUCAAUCUGUGAACAAGGGCUUUUGGAAUUCGAUUCCAGUAACCACAAACGGCUGUGAUUGGUCCGUCUUUACCAGCGCAUAGAAAAGUACCAAAUACCACGUGACUACGCCGCGUUCUUUCGUAGCGAUCAGAACUUUUCACUUUUAUUUUUUUUUAUAGCUGCUUUAUUUAAAAACAGCAAAUGAAGAGCUCAAACAAAAUAAUAACUAUGCAUUUCGGUAUUAUCAAUUUCGGUCCACUUUUUUCAAGAAACCUGCCGCUCUAUUUACGUAUUUUUGUGAUGCACACGUGAUCCCUCAUUCUGGUGGAAGUGCAGAAAUAGAAAGCACAGAGUCAUAUAUUAUGUACUCUGUAGUGAUACAUUAGGCGAUGAAGGUUAUACGAUGUCAACGUUUGCUCUAGACUAUGAUCCCGUUAAAACGCAGGAAAGUUUCUCUACCUGUAAACCAACAGAAUGACACCUGUAAAUUUCCCCACGUUUCCAUAUUCAUCUUGGAGAGGAAGAUGGGAGCAUCUAGAAGGGCAUUUCUUACACGACUUGGCCGGAGUAAAGGGUUUCUUAUUGAAGAAAUCUACAGUUCCUCCAUCACACAUGUUGUGUCGGAAAACAACAGUGGAGAUGAAGUCCAAGCCUGGCUGGGCAACCAAACAGGACAAGACACCUCCAGUUCUGUCCAUUUGCUGGACAUCAGGUGGUUUACGGAGAGCAUGGAUGCAGGACAGCCCGUUAUAAUUCAGGACAGACACAUAUUAAAGGUUAAACCCAAACCUGACGGAGACCACACAGCAAUGCUGCUGAAAAGUUAUGCCUGUCAAAGACGAACACCUUUAAAACACCACAAUUCGUUUCUAACGGAGGCUCUUGAAAUCUUGGCUCAGAACGCCGAAUAUAAUGACAACGAAGGACGGAGCGUGGCGUUCAGACGGGCAGCUUCGGUCCUAAAGGCGCUUCCCCGGCGCGUGAGGAGCAUGGAGGAUCUGAGGUGUUUGCCCUGCCUGGGUGACCAUUCACAGAGAGUUAUAAAGGAGAUUUUAGAAGAUGGAUCUUCAAGAGAAGUAGAGUCGACAAGACAAUCGGAGCAAUAUCAGGCCAUGAAGGCCCUAACUGGUAUUUUUGGGGUGGGUGUGCGGACGGCAGAUCGCUGGUUUAGAGAGGGUUUGCGAUCUCCAGACGAUUUAAUUCGCACAGGACAACAGUUGAACCGUGCACAGCAAGCAGGAGUCCAGUAUUACGAUGACCUCCAGAAACCCGUCACUAUGGCGGAGGCUGAUGUCAUCAGUGAUAUCGUUGAGAAAGCUGUGCACUCUGUGCUGCCCGGAGCAGAGAUCCAGCUCAUGGGAGGCUUCAGGAGGGGGAAGGAAGUCGGUCAUGAUGUGGACUUUCUCAUAACGCAUCCAGAGGAAGGAAAAGAGGAAGGACUGAUGCCUAAAAUCACAAAGUGGCUGGAGGAGCAGGGUUUGCUGCUGUAUCAGAAAACGACCAGAAACUCCUAUCUGGAAAAAACGGACGGUCCAGCUCGGGCGUCUAGUAACAUGGAUCGCUUCGAGAGAUGCUUUUCUAUAUUUAAGCUUCAGAAACCUGCUGUGAGCCGCGAAUCGAAUUGCACAGUUUCCGCCGAGGAUGCCGGUUCAGAAGCGUCAGGCUGGAGAGCUGUACGAGUCGAUCUGGUGGUCAGUCCCUGCAGUCAGUUUGCCUUCGCCACCCUCGGAUGGACCGGAUCAAAGCUGUUUGAGAGGGAGUUGAGACGGUGGGCGGGGCAAGAGAAGCACAUGUCCUUGAGCAGCCACGCCCUCUACGACAGCACACAGAAUCUGUAUCUCAGAGCAAAGACAGAAGAGGAGAUUUUUUCCUACCUGGGUCUAGAGUUUAUUCCUCCAUCUGAGCGAAAUGCCUGAAUUUAUCUGUUUUUAAUUUUCACUACAAAUGUUCCAGCAUUUCCAUACAUCGUGAAACAUGUUUUGAUCUAGAUGUUCAUAAGAUAUUGUUUGUCUCCUUGAAACUUGAACAUGAAAUUACUUUUUUAUUUAAAGCUGAAUUUAAUAAAAACCCAAAGUAUGCAUCUUUA